UCCCUCGAGUGAUCGGGUCAGUGGACCUGACCCCGAGCCUCGUGAGCCCGCCGUGCAGCUCGCCAUGGCCAUGGUACAGCAGGCGGACAUGGCCGUCAAGGCCAACGAGAUCCUGGCGCGGUUCCGGCCCAUCGCGCCCAAGCCCGCACUGGCGGGGGCGUCGCCGGCGCAUGCGGCCGAUGGCGUGGUGGCCGCGAACCGCGUGCUCUACCAGCUACAGAGCAGGCCGUGCCGUGCGCGAAAACGCAGCCGCCCGACCGUCGUGCCGGUGUCCCCGAUGUCGGCGGCGCAGCCGGCUGCCAAGAGGAAGAGGGCGGCGGCGACGUACACGCCGCUCCGGUGCGCGGCGGCCACCGAAGCUGUGGACACGGCAACGAGGGCGCAUGUGUCCUUUGUCGUCCCGGGUAGUGCAUGCCUUCCUGUGGCAUCGCUCCCGCCGGCGAGCGUGGGUGACGAGGACCUGGCGAGGCUCUCGCCGAAGGCUGCGGCGGAGGCCGAGAGGGACGUCCCCGUGGAGCGCGAUCUGCUGCGUAAGCUGCUGGAGCCCAAAGUCAUCUCGCCGCGGGCGUUGCGCCCCGUGGGCUCUAUCAUCCACGUCGAGUCCAUCCACCGCACCGACUCGACCUGCACCGCCGUCGCCUCGAAGACUGCGGCAGAGGUGGAGGACGAGUUGGAGGCCGACGCGCUCCCGGCGGCGGUCUCGGACUCGAGCAACCGCGUCCGGCUGGUGAACGACGCGUACAAAGAGAUGGUGGGGCAGCCCGAGUGCCCGUGGCUCGACGCCGUGGCCGCCGCAUCGAAGAGGAUCAGCGGCGAGGUGGUGCUGGUGGUGGCCGAGCCCGUGUCGCUGCCGAAGACCUACGGGGUGUUCACAUACACGGCCAAGAUCGAGUGGGAGUACGACGGCAAGUGCACCUCCAUCUCUGCACCGUGCGACGUCAGCCGGCUGCAGUGCGACUCCAGAGACUACCUCUUCACCUGGAGGUUUCGCACCGCCGACGCCGGUCCAACCGUCAGCCACCGCUCCGGCGAGAUGAGUGAGAGCUAGGAUAAGUUUGUACCGCAUCCUGUGUGUGUGACACACUGCCGUGUGCGAAACCCAAGUGCAUAGGCCAAGCUGCAUCUUAAACUAGAUCAGGUUCUUCUUUUGCAGAGUCCAUAGA